AUGCCUCCCCGACGGUGGAUAGACAAGAAAAAUGCGACGACGUACCAGCUUUUUCACAGAUCUCAGCAAGAUCCGUUGAUCCACGACCCGACCGCCGAAGAUAGGGUGCUACACCCCGUUUACGGACCGAAACAAGGCGCACCAACUCUCUCAACUACUGCUUCUUCUGCGUCACACAAGACUUCCAGGCAUUUGAAAGAAUUGGAGGAUGAAUUCAGUACGCAAAAUGUCCGCAAGAAUGAGGGAGAGGCCGCGAAUUAUGGCAUCUAUUAUGAUGACUCCAAAUAUGACUAUAUGCAACAUCUGCGGGAGUUAGGAACUGCUGGCGGCAACUCGUACUUCGUCGAGGCCGCAGCGGAGAAAGCAAAGGGCAAGGGCAAAGCCAUGAAAUUGGAGGAUGCUUUGCGAGACUUCUCUAUAGAUGAUUCACAAAGCGAAUUUGGAGGCGCCGCGAGCGUCUAUGGCUCUCAAUAUAACCCUUCAACGGCAUCUUCCUACGUCCGUAAACCGACAUAUCAAGACCAACAGAAUGUGCCAGAUGCAAUUGCCGGAUUUCAGCCAAACAUGGACCCUCGUCUCCGCGAGGCUUUGGAAGCUCUUGAAGACGAGGCUUUUGUGGAUGAUGAGGAUGAUCAAGAUAUAUUUGGUGAACUCACACGCAAUGCGGAAGAAGUGGAUGCUGGAGAAUUCGAAGAUACGCUGUAUGAGGACGAGGAUGAUGGUUGGGAAUCGGAUGCCACAGAGAAGGCGUAUCCUCAAACAUCUGAUGCCAAAACAACCAUUGAUAAAGAAGCGCAAGAACAUGACCCAUCCGAGAUGCCGGACCACGAUAAACCAGUUCCAGAUCUCGCACCAGAAAACUCCGAUUGGAUGCGCGAAUUUGCAAAGUUUAAGAAAGAAGGCAAAUCCUCAGAUAACACACCAGCUGCAAACCCAGAUGCAGGAACCGAAAAACAUACGGUUGCAUCCACAAUGUUUACAGUUGGGGGCACCCCGAUUCGCAAGAAGAAGCGCAAGGGUGCCUUGACCAACCCAUCCGCAUACUCCAUGACCUCGUCCGCACUCGCUAGAACAGAAGGGCACCGACUUCUAGACGACCGAUUCGAGAAAGUCGAAGCCCUCUAUGCCCUUGACGAAGAAGGUGAAUACGAUGACGCUAGCUUUGCGGAUGGCGCAUCAAUGAUCAGUGGUAUGACUGGCGCAACUGGCAUGACUGGAAUGUCAGCUGCUUCAUCUCAAGCACCUAGUAUGGUUUCUAGGGGCGAUUAUGGCGAUGUCCCUCUACGAAGCGACUUUGAUAAUGUCAUGGAUGAUUUCUUAUCUGGAUGGCAAGAUCGGAGUAAGCAAGCCAAGCGCAAGGGUGCUAAGGGCAAGAGAGGAAAGAAUGGUAAUGAGGUUUUGGGCAUUGCAAUGUUGGAUGAGGUCAGGUCAGGUUUGGGACCGGCCCGACUGCCUGCUCGGGGAAAAGCGUAA